AUCUCCAUUAUUUUCAUUUCUUUUCGCUUUCGUAUUAUUCUGGCUCCCGGAAAAAUACGAUUGAUGAGUAUCCAUCUUUACUUUGUAAUCCCCUGGUUGCCACAAUUUUCGCAGGAUAUUUUCGAUUCCCACUUCAAUUUGGAACAGCCUGAGCGUUGCUGUUCGUUGUACCUUCAUGAGUGGUGCUCUUCUUUGACGUAGUCCCUGCUUCUCAAGAACGCAACUUAUAAAUCUGUGACUCAACAUGAUACUUGUCGUCAUUGUUUAGAGUUCGUGGCGUCUUCCGUUUUGUUUUCAUCUUGCUGGAUUAUUUUUUUCGGCAUUCCAGGGUCCUUCGCCCCCAGUUUUCUUCUUGGUCUUGUGGAAACUUUGAGCAAGAGUUGGAAUUUAUUUGCAGAAGCAAGAAGUGAUCAUCGUGCCACAUGGGAUUGGGAAUAUCCCAGACAACGAGGCGAAGCGACGAAUCUGUAGAAGAGGUAGGUAAGAAAGAGGAUGGAAUCACAGUUGGGUCUGAUAGACCAAUCAUUCGACAGUCGUUACUCCUGCCAUGUUCGCGAGGCGCUCGACGAAUUGACUGACAAUUUUAUCAUCACCGACCCCUCUAUCUCUGGCCAUCCGAUUGUUUUUGCGAGCCAUGGGUUCUUGAAAAUGUCAGGCUAUUCCAGAGCCGAGGUGAUUGGCAAGAAUGGUAGGAUUUUUCAAGGAACAGGGACUUGUAGAAGAUCGGUAAUAGAAAUUCGUGAGGCAAUAAGAGAAGAGAGACCCAUUCAGAUCAAUUUGUUGAAUUAUCGUAAAGAUGGCAAACCUCUUUGGAUUUUGUUUCACAUGAGUCCUGUAUUUAACAAGUAUGAUGGCAGGGUGAGUCACUUCGUUGCAGUUCAGGUUCCUCUAUCGAGGAAACGGAGGCGUUCCGGAUGUGACUUCAGGAGAACUGGUGUUAAUUUGAGUGACGAUGGGUCUAAGGCUCAGGAUUUUGUGUACGGAUCGUGUCGGAAGGAAGUGUGCUCGGAUUCUUUGUUGGAACCUGGUCAUGUUUUGUCCCUUCAUCAAGUGUCAGAAGUUGAACAUGAGGGUAGAGAAUCAAAUGGUGAAGCACCGUGUGAGGCAAGCGAUGUUGAUAAGAGACAAGCCAUGACUGCCAUGGACAACAUUUUUUCUGUUCUAACCCACUAUAGUGAGUUGAGUGGCAGAUUGGUUUGUAGAAAGAGAUGCAGCAUUUCUGACGGGGGUCUUCUUAGCUCAUCGUUGAUUAUAUCCCUUGGUAGAAUCAAACAAAGCUUUGUAUUAACUAAUCCUCAUUUACCUGACAUGCCUAUUGUUUACGCCAGUGAUGCCUUCUUGAAAUUAACAGGUUACGUAAAAGAUGAAGUGCUGCGACGCAAUUGUAGAUUUCUAAGUGGACCGGAUACUGAUAGCUCAACUUUAUAUUUGAUAAGGGAUAGCAUUAAAUCUGAGCAACCAUGCACAGUACGUAUUUUGAAUUACAGGAAGGAUGAUAGCCCAUUUUGGAAUUUUCUACAUAUAUCGCCUAUUCGUGAUGCCUCUGGCAAGAUAGCAUACUUUGUGGGUGUUCAAGUAGAAGAAGGCAAAAACAACCAAGGUAGACACGGUCUCAGCCCUGAGAAGAUUCAACUUAGCGUGGUUGGAGCAGUUAAGGUUGCUGUGAGGAGUUCAUCAAUGACUGCUGCAUCUUCGAAGUCAAAUACAGCAUAACUUUGGUGGGCUAUCUGCUGCUCGUAUAAUGAAAAUCGUGCCCAAAAUUGUUAUCCAUUAUCUGAAACCAUUUUGUCAACCAGUAGUCGAUCGUUGAGAUGGCUAGAAAAGGAAAAAAAGGGUAAAAAAAAACAGAGAGGGUGAAGAUGGGCUUGUCAAGUCCAUGAUGUCAAACGAUAGAUAACAAUUUGUAUUAUAGCCUCAAAUAUGUGUUUUAUUUCCACAAUUUGAUGACUGGUAGGCUGUCUGCACUUUAUAUCUGUGUUUGGGUUUACAUCCUUUGACCUUUCUGAGUAUUAAAUAAUGCUUUGCCAAAA